AUGCAGAUUGUAUGGGAGCCGUACACGCAUACGCUGGGCUCCCUACCUGCGUAUUGCACUGCCGGGCAGCAUAUUUGGAGGGCUGAGGUGCCGUUGAUAUUCUUUUGGAUAGUGGAGUGGCAUCAUCCUGAGCGAGUCCUCCGUCAGUUUGGGAUGAAGCAACCAGUUCCAAGUGUCGUGGAUAUGUCGACUACCCUUCACAAGAUAUCCCUUCAGGGUAAAUGGGAGAAGAACUGGGAGGUAGAACAUGAUCCCUUUAUUCGGCAAUGGGCCAACCGAGUGAAUGUAGUUCGCGGGUCCUCUCUCCUAGACGGUGAUGAUACGUACCUCGUUGAGUACAUGAUGUGGUACAAUCGCAACACAAGGCGGUACAUAACACCAGAGUCUGCGUAUUGGGAACUCAUGGUUCGGACGAUGAUUAGGUCUAUACAGAGGUGCGAUGAAGGUUCUGACAUGCACACUGACCUUACAUUUACACUAGAGCUUGUGGAGGAGCUAGGCCGACUUAAAUUGGCGAAUGCGCUUGCAGAAGCAGUUGACAUUGGUACACAGGCCCUAGUUCGUGGCGGGCAACGUGGUGGGUCUCGUGGGGGUGGACAUCGUGGAGGUGGUCAAGCUGGUCGCAGCCGUACAACCGAGUCGGCUCCCAUCUACGAGGAAGGGAAUGAGUCGGGUGUAGAAGAGGCAUGGCUUGGCACUGAUUGGGUACUGUAUGAUGAUGACGACAGGACACCGCGAUGCACGUCUGGCAAUGGUGCUGGGCCAUCCCAUAGCGUCGAUCAUCAGGGCACUGUUCCAGCCCACACUACAUCCCAUGGUGCUAGCACGGACUAUGAGGGCCCUCCUCGUAUGUCGCCCCCAGUUUUCAGUGGAUCUGCCCAUGAUGGUGGAUGCAUAUUUGUCCCACACCAGGCAUGCCCACCCCACCUCUAGUGCAUGUGGACCCCACCAUGUUAGCUCCAUCUCAAACCCCCCACGGAGAGGCUGUACAGAUUGAGCAGAUAUCGGCUGAGGACAUUGAACCGGUGGAGGCUUUGCUGAGAUCGCGACGCCCGCGUGCGCUUGCUCCCGAUUGCGGGACCGGUGAUGGUAUGUACUUCAUCUACACUUCCCAUCUUCUUGAGCUACUUCUACUGUGCAUUUGAUUGAUUAUGUUAAUUUAAUUAUGCUGUUGUGUCUGAUGAAACAGGUAAGAUUAGACCUGUCAGGGCAUAUGGGCAGAAACGAAAAGAUCAUUAAAUGCCUUAGUGUAUGCUUAUACUUCCUGCCUAUAGGUGACUGGAAUAAGCAUGCAAAAUGUUCUACUAAUUGGGGAGAAUCUUGGUGGCUGUGCAUCUAUUUCUGGAUCAUUGCUUGGGGAGAAUACUGGCUGUCAAUGUGUUUGUUGUCAAGAAAUUGAUAUUUUGGAGAAAACCCAUAAGGCGUAUUGUAUUUAUUGAUGUAUUAGGAAGUUUUUCUGCACUUGGAGUUUUGAUUGCAAAUCGACAAAUGUCUGGAUUGGUAUUCAUUUGAAGCCAAAAUUUCUUGUGUUUUUGUAUGUUGUUAGC